UCAGGUAAGGUGAUGACUUUCUCUUUUAAGAAAAUGACAAAAAUGUUAUUUAUUUUCAAGGAGGAAAAAAAUCUGUUGGACUUUUAGAUCAGUUGUGUUCCAGGAACUGACAGGAAUGUUGUUUUGCAGGUUCUACGACUUCACCUGUAUCAUCAUGGAUAGAAGUCCCUAUAAAUAUAGAAGUCUAUCAGCCUGUCUGACAUCCAACAGAGAAACAGCAUCUUCACCUCUCUGGACUCUGAACAAACUGUCAAGUUCCUCCGCUAAAGUACGACCAUUAGCAGCGGAUCCGGUCCCACUGACACCAGGCAGGCAAGGCAAAAACCCCAUCAUGGCUGAAUAUUGCGAUGUCACGGUCACAAACUCAACCUCUGGUUACAUUCUGACCAACCCACAGUACCACAUGGAGCAUGGACAACCUCAGUCUUUUCUACCUUCUGUUAUUGAGCCGGGUAAGAGCGGCAAUGCCACGUUCAUCAAGACCCCCUACACAGCUUAUGGAGUUGCCGUGGUCGUGACCUACGACAUUGUGAAGAAAGCAACCCAGACAAAAACGGGGCAAAUAGUCUUCUUCUGCUCAGUUACCUGCAGCUUUCUAUACAACAACUGGUUUGGUCUGGGGGUGUUUGACCAUUCCCAGCCCUGUGGUGAAUACCUUUACAGUAAAAUGCAAGAUGGGAAACAAGAAGGUUUUCUCCGUCAAAAAGCUUCAGAUGGUUUACUGUCUCACAGCAAGGGCCGGGUGAAAGUCAGUGGCACCAUGACUGCAGGUCGCCAAGCUGAUCUGAAUUUGGUUGUCACUGAUUGCUGAGAGCCGCAGCUGUUUCUGCACAUCUGUGCACGCCUGUUAGGACAGCUGCUGAAGUCAUCCAGCAGGUUUUGUGUUUACGGUAAUUCAGACGGUUAUUUUCUCAACCAAUCCCAGAAAAAACUUUCAAGGGGUUUUCAGCUGUCUAAAUUAAAGAAAUAGUCAACUUUUUUCCCCAGCCCCAAAAAUGAUUGUAUAAUAAAAACUUUCUGUUCAUUUCUGAAUGAGUAUGCAAGGAUACAGCAGUGUGGUAAAUGAGAAUGGGUUCUCAGUCGACUCACCUGGUGAAAUAAUUACAAAAAUGUGAGACAAGAUGUAAAAAACAAGGAUUCAGUCUUUUAAGGCUUUUACUGUCAAUCUGAAUGGAUUGUGUAAUCUAGUUCUGGUGGGUUCACCUGAAAAGGACUAAAACGUUCCACAACACACCGCCCACAGCAGGCCUUUGUUGUGAUUUUCAAACUAUUAGAAACGUAUUUAAUAAAAUGUGUAAAAAUAAAUGUUGUCUUCAUCAAUUAUACAUGUACAGAAUACAAGUGAGCUGCUGACUGUAACAGAACCAACUCAGAACUUGAUGCUUAUCUUUUUUUUUUCUUAUCAUCUAAUCUGAAAACUAUAUCUGGGUGUUGGGAUCGCUUCUGUUUUACUGCAAUUUAAAGUCUCUGAACUAAAAAUAAAGCCUUUGUUUUGCUUCCAAAA